AGGGGGGUCUAUAUGCGUCUCCGGGGCUAAGACGUGUUAUUGGAUUAGUAUGUGGGCAUCUGCCUAAGCCUUCCUUCUCUAGUUCCCCGUAAAACACCUUGAAGGACACCUCGUGUACAAAACUAACUGUAGUAUAUAUACCUCCACAAGCUCUUUUCUUGGUGUGCUUUCAUGGCUUUGCUCUCUAGGAUGAAGAAUGUCAAGAAGUUACAUUUUUCACUGCUUCUUGUAUUAGUGCAUGUUUGCUUUGCACAAGCAGACUACGCCCCAUUUUUCUACGAUAAUGGGCCCUACAGUAGCAACGGAAACCUGGCACUCUUCAGUCUGACAGAGGACACUCCUGUCGGAAUCGGGGCAUAUGCAGAAAAGAGGAUCAGAAUCUACCACGAUCUGAAUGCCGAACUGCUGAACAGAGGGCAACCUACAACUAGUCUCUGUUUUUUAGCCCUCCCGGUUCCGACCUUUUCUGCCUGCCCUGACACUGAGCCCUCCUGCCUGACCAUUCAGCCUGUCCUGACCUCGAGCCUGCCUGCCGCCUGGUACCUUUCGGACUCUGACCUGGUUAUUGAACUUCUGCCUGUCCUCAACCUCCCUAUUGCCUGCCCCUUGUCUUUUAAUAAAUAUCAGAGACUCAAACCAUUUGUCUCCUUUGUCUGCAUCUGGGUCUCGCCCUGCACAGAGAUCUAUACUCUCAAUGGCACCGACCCGGAAGGCCAAGAGGUGAGGUAUGGGUUGAGCUUUGAACCCGGUGCCAAAGAAUACUUCAGAGUGGAGCCCAAGUCUGGAAACAUAACUCUGGUGGAACAACUGGACAGAGAGAUUUUAGAUUCUAUUGAAGUUCUUGUCAGUAUCACAGAUGGCAGAAGUAAGGUCACUGAAAAGGUCACAGUGUUUGUCAUGGAUGCCAAUGAUGAACGACCAGUGUUCAAAAACCUGCCCUCCUUUUUGGAUGUUCCAGAGAACUCUGAAUGUGGGAGCAGUAUCUACAAAGUGCUGGCUGUGGAUCGGGAUACAGGCUCUGGAGGCUCGAUCACCUUCUAUCUACAGACUAACGGUCAAUCCAGUAAGUUUGCCAUAGACCGACACAGUGGUGUGCUGAGGAUCAAGCCCGGGGAGAUGCUGGACUAUGAGAGGUCGACAACACACUUCAUCACAGUGGUGGCCAAGGAUGGUGGUGGGAAUUACAAUGGAAAAGAACAGGUGAUGUCAUCCUCUGCCACCUUGACAAUCAAUGUGAUUGACACCCAGGACACGCCCCCUAGCUUUGUCGGGACACCAUAUUUCGGAUACGUUUAUGAAGUGUCCGUACCAGGUUCGGAAAUAUUCACAGUUUUCGCCAAAGAUGGAGACCUAGGAAUGCCCAAACCAAUUCAUUAUUCCCUUGAGAAUGGUACAGAUGGUGUUUUUAGCAUCAACAAAACAAGUGGUGUGAUCAGUCUGCUGACUUACCCUAUCUACCUGAAGAGGGAAAUUUUCAACAUGAAAGUCAAGGCCUCUGAGGUCAGCCCUGAGGGGAACCUUAUGGACUAUGGGUUCACCACGGUCGUUAUCCGGGUGGUAGACCUAAACAACCACCCCCCCACCUUCUAUGGGGAGAAUGGACCGCAGAACAUGUUUGAGAUGACCAUGUACGAACACCCUCCAGAGGGAGAAAUCAUCCGUGGUCUGAAGAUCACGGUCAAUGAUUCUGAUCAGGGGUCCAAUGCUAAAUUCAACCUCAGACUUAUUGGUCCAGGGCGGAUGUUACGGGUGGUUCCCCAGACUGUGCUCAAUGAGGCCCAGGUAACCAUCUUAGUGGAGGACUCUGCUGCCAUGGACUAUGAGAAAUUCCAUUUCCUCACCUUCAAGCUUCUUGCCGUGGAGAUGGACACACCAGAAAGAUUCAGCGCCACGGCAGACAUCGUCAUACAUCUCCUCGACACCAACGACAAUGCUCCCAAGUUCUCCUCCGUUUACUACAUUGCCAGAAUCCCGGAAAACUCUCCCGGCAACUCCAAUGUUGUGUCUGUGACCGCAACAGAUCCAGAUUCAGGCUUUUGGGGAGAAGUCAAGUACUCAAUCUACGGCUCAGGGGCUGACUUGUUUCUGAUUCAUUCAGCAUCAGGCAUCAUCUACACCCAGCCGUGGGCCAGCCUGGAUGCGGAGGUGAAGUCCAAGUACAAUUUCUAUGUCAAAGCCGAGGACGCAGAGGGCAAGUACAGCCUGGCCGAGGUAUUUGUGACCGUGCUGGACCUCAACGAUCACCCGCCAGAGUUUAAUGAGAACUUCCUGGAGAAGACCAUGAUCAUAGGAGCGCUGGUGAAGAUAGAGGUUUGUGUUGCAUUCUAACUUUCAGUUUUGAGAAGAUUUAUCUUUGCCAUACCCCAAAGGUUGAUUCGUUUGUAGCAAUUACAAGAACAAAGCCAUGCUUUUAUGCAUUUCUGUGGACAAUAAUAGUAUCAUUAUUUUACAUAGCACUUGUCAUUACAUCGAGAAUCUCUAAGACACUAUUGCAAAAGAAAAACAAAUGUAGGGUUCUGGCAGGUCUAGGCGAUGGUCUUCCACAGCUGAUCAGUUGUUGAGGCAGUUCAGAAAGCUUGAG